UUGGUGGCAGUAAUGAGAACAGUUGAUAAGCAUGCAACAAUGCAAAGUGAGUGCAGCAGCAUCAGCUAGCGAGCAGUGAUAAAACAUAGCACUUAAACACAAAUUGAUAAGAGCCUCGCAUACUUACAUGCUGCAUGUAUGUAUGCUUGAUUGCGGACGCGGAGCGGAAACACAAGUUAAAAGCGUUGAGCACAACGACAGCAAUCAGUUGCGAGCAAACUGCCCAGCCAAACAGACGUAGAAAAUAACAACAAAAAAUCGGCAAAUGAAUGAAUGAACAAACACACAAAGUGCAAGAAACGAGUUACGUUAAUAACACACUUAACUGAAGAAGCGCCCGCAGUAAGAGAAAGACAGACCGAUAGAGAGAGAGCGAGAGAGAGAGGGUAGACGACGACUCCAACAACGGCUGAUUCAGCAGAUACGCGCAGUCGGACAGACAGACAGCUAGAUAGCCAAGUAAUUAUUGGUUACUGAGACCGUUUCCAAAACAGUAUCAAUUCGAAGCUUGAGCAGAACACAAUUCCAAUUCUUUUAACGAUGGCACCACCCACUGUCUUGGUCACUGGCGGCGCCGGCUACAUUGGCUCACACACCGUGCUGGAAAUGCUAAACGCUGGCUACAAUGUCAUCUGUGUGGACAAUCUAUGCAAUGCUUACAGCGGUGGCGCUGCCAAGUUGCCGGAGGCGUUGAGCCGAGUCCAGGAGAUAACCGGCAAGAAGGUCAACUUCUAUCGUGUGGACAUCACGGAUCGCGAGCAAGUGCGCUCCGUCUUCCAGGAGCACAAAAUCGACAUGGUCGCUCACUUUGCCGCCUUGAAGGCUGUCGGAGAAUCGUGUCGUAUCCCCUUGCAAUACUAUCACAACAACAUGACGGGCACCAAUGUCCUGCUGGAGGCCAUGGCCGACAAUAAUGUCUUCAAGUUUGUCUACAGCUCCAGUGCCACCGUCUAUGGUGAGCCCAAGUUUCUGCCCGUCACCGAAGAGCAUCCCACGGGCAAUUGCACAUCGCCGUACGGCAAGACCAAAUAUUUCACAGAGGAGAUUCUCAAGGAUCUGUGCAAGUCGGACAAGCGCUGGGCUGUUGUCUCGCUGCGUUACUUCAAUCCCGUUGGCGCACACAUCAGCGGACGCAUUGGCGAGGAUCCCAACGGUGAACCAAACAAUCUGAUGCCCUACAUUGCCCAGGUGGCGGUCGGACGUCGUCCAUGCCUCAGUGUUUAUGGCAGUGAUUUCCCCACAAAGGACGGAACUGGAGUGCGAGACUACAUUCAUAUCGUGGACUUGGCCGAGGGUCAUGUGAAGGCCUUGGACAAGUUGCGCAACAUUGCAGAGACUGGUUUCUUUGCCUACAACUUGGGCAGCGGCUCUGGCUGCUCCGUGUUGGAGCUGGUGCAUGCCUUUGAGCGUGCCUCUGGCAAGAAGGUCAACUAUCAGCUGGUCGAUCGUCGUGCUGGCGAUGUGGCCACCUGCUUUGCGGACGCCCAGCUGGCGGAACGUGCCUUGGGCUGGAAGGCAACGCGUGGCAUUGACAAGAUGUGUGAGGACACGUGGCGCUGGCAAAGUCAAAAUCCCAAUGGUUAUGCCAACAAAUAAUAGUCGCCCCUUUCUCCACUCUCUGGUGUCAUCUUGCCCACCCCAAACUCCGUCUUCGUCUCCACCUCCCCACAAAUUAUUUCCUGCAAAAUCUUUCUGCAAGUUCCUCUACCAAACUCCGCAAUAUCAUAUUAUGUAUUUAAUUAUUCUAAUUAGCUAAAUGCUUGCGUAUGUAACUAGUUAUGUAAAUUUCUCAGUUCUUUGAUUUUUUGUGUCAAUUUGAAAGUGCAAAGUGUUACAAAAUUAAUUAAUGUAUUGUCGAUAUAUAUGUAUGUAUGUUAUUGAUAACUGUAUGUGUAUGUCAAAACCCAAAAAGUACUUUGUAAUUAAAAUGCAACAACAAGCUGCACUCGUCA